AUGUGUUCUCGAGCCAAGUUUCAGUACGAUCAUCCUAUCGGCAACGACAGGCUUCGCCUUAUCCGCAUUGUGGGCUGCGGUCUUUCUGGGUCUGAAAAGCUUGACCUUGUUAUUGAAGAACAUCCUCUCACAAGUCUUCCGCAAUACCAUGCCCUGUCUUACACCUGGGGUUCGCCAUUUGCAGACGAAGAGCCCUCGUCAGAAGACAAUUUGGUGACGAUCCUUGUCAAUGGCUGUGAAUUCGACAUUUUUCCCAACUUGCACAAUGCGCUACUCUGGAUCAGAGCUCACAACUCUUGCGACCUAUACUGGGUCGACGCCAUCUGCAUCAACCAGAAAGACACCAUGGAGCGAGGCAUCCAAGUGGGCAUCAUGGAUUGCAUAUACAAGUCAGCGCACCGAGUUGAUAUCUGGCUGGGGCCCGUGACAGAGGGGCACUUUCCUGCAGAAGUCUCCAAAUUGAUUCACACAAUGGCCGACAAUAAGCGGGCUAGUUCUGCAUACAUCAGAGAGAGAGCAUUCCUCGACAACGACGCCUUGAAGAGAUACGGACUGAUAGCCGUGUCGGAGUGCGUCUGGUACGCUUUCAUUGCGUUCUUCGAUCGUAAAUGGUUCAACCGAGUCUGGGUCGUGCAAGAAGUGGCAUUGAGUAAAGACGCCUGUGUGAUUUGGGACGAUGGAUUCAUUCCCUGGGAGACGGUUGCGAACUGCUGCGACUUUCUCUACGAUAGCCACCUCUAUGAACAGCUGUCCGAGAUGCUUUUUGAUAAUAACCCAACUGUGAAACGCGUCCACAUCGGCAGUAACGCAUCAGGCAUCGUCGCAAUCCAACGAUGCAGGCACGAUAUCCUGACCGGUUGGGAAAGCAUGACACUUGAUCACAUCAUCGGCUUUCCAUGUGUUAUCAGUGGUGACCGCAGCAAUAGAAGUAAAAGCGGCGGCGCUCUCCUACUUCUCAUGCUUGGCCUGACUAUCGGUGUUGAGGCGAGCGAUCCUAGAGACCAGGUCUUUGGCCUCAUUGGCAUCCUCAAUCUUCUUCUAGAUGUCAGUGGCCGUGAAAGAGCAGAAUUGGAGCCAGAUUACCGCGAAUGCUCAACGGCAGUCAACGUUUUUACCGACGCGGCCAUCUUCAUCAUGGAAGAAUGCAAAAAUCUCACCUUGCUCACCGCCGUCCCCGAUGAUGCGGUGAAAAAAGUCCCCGAUCUUCCAUCAUGGGUUCCUGACUUCGCAGCAAACGGUCCCUCGGCAUUCCUAGGUAUGAGAUGGCCAGACCACGAAAGGUACUUUGACGCUUGCCGCUCAUCGCCAGCCCUCUGGCGCAUUGAGAAUGACAGCAUGUUGCAUAUCAAGGCCUUUUGCAUCGGAAGCGUGACGUUGUCCGGAGAGAUAUACUCAGAACUGGCCGUGAAUGGAAGCUUUGCCCAGUGGGCCGACUUCUUGAUGCAAUGCGACCCCGUUUACAAACCAACAGGGCAAUGCCGCGUCGAAGCAUUCUGGCGGACGUUGAUAGUCGACCGAGAUCCCUUCAACCAUCCUGCUCCGUCUAGGCUUCAAAAGGCCUUUCACCACUGGAUCGCAGAUCACAUAGUAUGGGAAGUCUAUUGUGCUUUGAAGAAGGGGGCUGAUUUGAUGGAGUACUUGGCAAACUUGGACAGCAUGCAAAAGCUCGCAGACUCAGAUGUUAGCAAAACGGUACCGGACUGUGGGGUUAUCGAAAAAUACUUGAAAAAGCUGCAAGAUUGUGACAAGAAAGAGGAGGUGAGCGUUCUGUUUGAGGGUUUCAGGCACCGAUGCCAGGCGUACGUCAAUUUGGCCUUUGAGACUCUUUGGGAACGACGUCCUUUUCUCACUGACACCGGAUAUCUUGGUCUUGGAAGCCAGUCUCUACAGGUCGGCGACUCGGUUUGGAUAGUGGCAGGAUGCCCUUCGCCUCUGGCUCUCCGUCAGAUACCAGUGGCGUCUCCUUCGAGUCUCGUUUACCACAGAAUAGUAGGUGAGACCUAUGUUCAUGGUAUCAUGCACGGGGAGGCCGUUGUCGAAGGAGUGCUAUGGGAGGACAUUUGUAUCAGGUGA